UGUGCAAAGCUCUCAGUCCAUAUAUUUCUCUUUCACUGUGUUGCUGUCUUUCUCUCUCUAAGUCUGUACAAAUCUCUCUCUGUGUCUUGCGCGCUCUCUCUGUCUUCUACUCUCUUUCUCUGUCUGCCUGCCGUGCUCUGUCUCUCUCUCUCCGGUUGUCUGUCUUCUUCUCUCGCACCCUCUCUCUUUCUCUCUCUCCAGAUAGUCUUCUCUUUCGCCAGCUCUCUCCCCCCGCUCAGAUUUCAUCCGCACCUCUUCAAUAUAAAUCUUCCCCCUUUCUCAAAAGCGGCCGACCAGAAAUCGGGAAUAAAAUUCAGACGCAGUCAGUCUUUCCACUGAGGGCAGAGGCUACAAAUCCCCACCCUCUCAUUAACUACUCCAGCCCAAAGUUGGCGAAAAAAAUGGCAAAACCUUUCCCGUUGAAACGAAAUCAGUUUUUUUUAAUUUAUUAGAACAUUUCUGUUGCAAUUCCUCAUUUUGAAGGUUCGGUUUAACAAAUGCUUUCCCAUUUCCCAACUCGUCACAAUUCGGGGCGCUUGUCACUUUAAUUGAAGCCCUGGUCUGAUGUAAUUGUAUUUAUUUAAUGCAAUCCUUCACGCCUUGUUAUUGCUUUUAAGGUCGGUGAAGAAAUGGGGCGAGUACAAGGGGAUAUUGCGCAAGGCCAGAAAGGGCAGGGAUUACAAAAUCGGUUUUAGAACUUUGUCGCUUGUAUCUUCCUUUUAAAUUAGAAAAGAGAUCCGUCUCCAGACUUUUCUGCUUCAACUUUGUUGCAAGGAAAAGCAGACUAGGCCGGAGAAGACAGGAAGUAUCGUGCAGAUAUGCCGGGAUCCAGUAGCGCCUUUGUCCCGACUAUCACUGCCAUCACCACCAGCCAGGACCUGCAGUGGAUGGUUCAACCCACCGUCAUUACCUCCAUGUCCAGCCCCUACUCCAGGUCGCACCCUUACAAUCUACCAGGGACCAGCAUCACCUCGCCCUCCUCCACCACCUUACACCGACCUGGCGUUAUCAAAACCAUUGGAGAGACAGGAGGACGGAGGAAAAGGGAUGAACAGAUGUUCCAGUGCCAUCUGCCACUGCCGUUGCCAUUUCUCUAUCCGGCAGGGCACCAUGGCCUGUGUUCGGGACUUCCCAAUGACCACCAUCAGUGCUGCCCUGGGAGCGACCAAGAGCAGACGUGCUUCUGCAGGCUAACUCCAGAGGAAGAAGAGAAGAGGAGAAUACGGCGAGAGAGAAACAAACUGGCUGCAGCUAAGUGCCGGAACAGGCGUCGAGAGCUAACGGAGAGGCUUCAAGGUGAGACAGAGAAGCUCGAGGAGGAGAAGUCCGGGCUACAGAAGGAGAUCGCUGUGCUGCAGAAGGAGAAGGAGAAGCUAGAAUUCAUGCUGGUCGCCCACAAACCCAUCUGCAAAAUGGCGCCGGGGGGCGAAGGGCGGAGGCGGUCGGCAUCGCCUGAUCCACGGGCGGGCCGGACACCGAACGCAGUGGUGGUCAAGCAGGAGCCCGAGGAGGGAGCCAAGCUGGGCGGGUCAGGCCUGAGCAAGACGCAGAGGUCUGUCAUCAAGCCGGUGACCGAGAUCAGCAUCGCCAACAGCUUCUUCACUGAGGCCGAGCCCCUCAACACGCCGGUGGUGGCCACCUCCACCCCCGCGCCCAGCGUCACCCCCUGCGCCCCCAGCCUGGUCUUCACCUACCCCAGCGUGCCCAGCCUGGACCAAGAGUCGCCGUCAGAGUCCUGCUCGAAGGCCCACCGCAGGAGCAGCAGCAGUGGCGACCAGUCCUCGGACUCUUUGAACUCCCCCACCUUGCUGGCACUCUGAGGACCCCACCAGCCGUCCACGGGCGAGCCCUCGAGUGUGGGGGUGGGGGCGGCCUCUCUGACCCGAUCUGACCCAACUGGGCCUCCUACCAUGGACCGGAACCAGCGGGGUUGGAAUAUUUCUAAACACUUCAGACUCAUGGGGUAGGGAAGGGUCGGGGUUGUUUAUGGGGGGGAUCGUGGGGAAGAAAUUCGAGUAACUUGAUCAUGACGGUAGCACUGUUGCAUCCUUGCAGAGUGGACAACAUUUUGCAAUGGCAGGUCACAGAAAGAGAGACAGUAAGGGGUCUGUGAUGACAGUGGUCGUCACCCUCGGUGGGGAAAGCACCUUGUGUACCACUGUGGACAGUUUCAAAGGCUGCCAACCCCUUGCAUUUUGAACUCGGAUCUUUAAAGCAUUUCCUUUUCCUGUGUUGUUUUUUUUCCCUCCUUAAAUAUUUACUCUACAGGGACAUCCUGGUGACCUGUGUGAUGUAUAAUUUUCUUUUUUGGACCAUCGAGUAAUUUUAGUUUUAAGGUUGUGCUAACUCCAUCUCUGCAAUCCUUUCAUUUUCCAAAGAGGUGUAGACUGGGGAACUCUCUAACCUGAUAUUGGUGUACUGUAAAGAACAAAUUAUUUUGUGAUGCUUAUGAUAUGUCUCAGUAAUAUAAUGAGCAUUUCUGCAAUACUGGAAUGGUUGUCGGAUUUCAGCAUUCAAUAGAGCAAAGGGAUUUGUAUCACAAUGUAGGAUGCUUAUGUUGCACCUUUCCAUAUAAGAAACAUCCUCUGCCUUUAGCCUUCUGACCUUAAUUUUAGUAUUUAUAACUUUUUUUUUACAAGAAUUUGAAAGAAUAAUGAAAAUAUAUUGCAACUUGGGGAGGAAAAUCAGUUGUUGGACUGCAAGGCAGAACUGGGUGUGGGAUUAAGGUGAAUUCCUUACCUGUUGAUUUUAGCGAGACUGGUAAAUCUAGUGUCUUUGAAUAUUGAAGGGGUGUGUGUAUGGGUGUGCACACAAGUGGGUGGGUGUGUGUGUUCAUGCGCACAGAUGUAUGUGCAUGCACCUGUGUGUGUGUGUGUGUGUGUAUACAUGUUGGUGUGUACGUGUGCAUCUAAACUUUAUUCAGUACCAGCUCAGGCUAAACUGGUGAAAGGCAGAAUAUUGGGCAGAGCAUCUUCAAACAGCGAAUUGGAAUAGUUUUUCAGCAGGAGGCAAACAAAAUACCUUCCACCCAUUAAAGGGUCAACUUGAUGAGAUUGCUGGACGUGAGAACUGAUUUCUGAAAUGGAUGCAUUGUGAGGCUUCUCCUGCCUGUUUGAUCUUUCAAAGUAUAAUAUAUAAAACCAACCAAGCCUCCACGCUGCCAGACAAUAAAGUAGGAAGAGUAAACUUUGGCUCAUUUCUUGGGCUCCUAUUUCAUUUAGCUCUGAAUUCUUCCUCGUGGCCUGGAUUGCAGGCAGGUGACAGAUCCCAUUUCCUAGUCUGGCAUUAGAUUUUUUUUCUCCCAACACUUGGGUUGAACUAAAAAGGAGAUAGUCCAUUGUAUUUCUCUCCUGGUCUCUAAUAUGAGGGCAAAGUAGAUGCAAGAGAAGGGAGCUGGUUUUUACAAAGGUACAAAUUUUUCUCCUUGUGCUGGCAAGUUGUGGAAAACAAGCUCAAGUUUUUGUUUUGUGUUACACCUUGCUGCUGGGAGCAAUGGACGGGCAACUGAGGGAGGGGGAGCCCCAGAUUUCUUUUCGCCCGGCAAAUGAGUAGCUACAUGGAGUCUCCACCAACCUACAGAUAUCUGUGCAGACUCCCGCAAGUGACAGAGCAGGUACUUUCCACCUCUUUUGUAAUUAUAUUUAUAGCUUUCUUAAUUAAAAUAACAUGGAUAAAUGUUUUAUUGUUAGAGCAGGUCUCCAAUCAAUUGUUAAUUUUGACAAAAAAAAGCGCUACACUGAUUUUAGAUUUGUGCUCCCAUGGCACUGCUCCCAGAGGAUAGGAUUUUGUGGGCAAUGUGGUGAAAGAUGGUGCAAAGCAAGUGGGAGGAAGCAAGGUUUUCCGGGCCAUCGUCAUCAAGUGUGAAUAAUUCCCGGUUGGCAAAGCUGUCCCAACAUCUCCUGUUUCCAGGCAGAGGUGGUGCACACUUAAAACUGCUGCUUUUCAUCCUUCAAAUGGGUUGUUUUUGAUUUGGUUCUGGGGUAUGGACAUCCCUGUUAAGGCUAGCAUUUAAUGGUUACACUGAUAAAAUGAGUUUGAAGCACAUCUUGGAACCAUUGCAUUUUGUAUGUGGUGAACGUACUUUUAAAAUAUGUCAGUCAUAGAGUCGAACAGCAUGGAAACAAGCCCUUCGGUCCAACUGCUCCAUGGCAACCAAGACGUCCCAUCCAAGCUAGUCCCAUUUGCCAGCAUUUGGCCCAUAAACUCCUAAACCUUCCCAUCCAUGUACCUGUCCAACUGUCUUUUAAAACUUGUUCUUGUACCUGCCUCAAUCACUUCCCCUGGCAGCUCAUUCCACAUACGUACCACCCACUGUGUAAAAAAAAGUUGCCCCAUCAGGUUCCUAUUAAACCCUCUCACCUUAAGUCCUCUAGUUCCUGAUUCACCAACCCUGGGAAAAGCAGUGAGUGAAUUCACCCUAUCUAUGCCCCUCGUGGUUUUAUAAGAUCACACCUCAUUCUCCUACACUCCAAGGAAUAAAGUCCAAGCCUGCCCAAACUCUUCCCACAACCCAGUCCCUCGAAUCCUGGCAACAUCCUCGUAAAUCUUUUCCAGCUUAAAACCAUCUUUCCCAUGGCAGGAUGACCAAAACUGAACACGAUACUACAAGUCUGUCCUCACCAGCGUCUUGUUCAACUGCAACAUUACAUCCCAACUUCUGUACUCAGUGCCCUGACUAAUGAAGGCCAGCGUACCAAAAGCCUUCUUCACCACCCUGUCUACCUGUGACCCCACUUUCAGAGGACCAGGUACCUGAACUCCAAGGUCCUUUGGAUCUACAACACUCUCCCAGGGCCCUACCGUUCACUGUGUUAUGUUAUCUUACUCUUGGCAAUCUUAUACCCAAAGACCCAUGCUCUGACAUCCCUCCCCAAUGGGAGUGCAAGAACAAGAAAUAAAUCACCUCAACUUUAUGAGGGUAUCACUUCCCUGGACAGCUUCCUUGGUUAAAUUGGCCUUUAGGUUUGUGAUUAUAUUAUUGUUGUUGGAAAACCAGGUAGAUGAGCCAUUGUCUAUCAUACAGUUCACCGCCAACGUGGGCAAGAGCUGAGAGGAGGGGGUGUCAGAAAAUUAGUCAUUGGGCAACUCCAGGCUUGCAGUAAGAGUAAAUAGGUGAGGCCUUGUACAUCCUGUGAGAGAGGAUUAGCUAAGAGGUGGUGCAAUAGUUCUUGAUUUCGGCGUAAAUGACUCGGCAAAAAGGAGGAGGAAGCACUCUGCAAGGGUGGUGCGGAGGAAGGGGGUGUGGAUUCGCAACUUGGGAGAAAUAGGCAAGAAGAGUGCCCAGGAGCGAGGGCCAUAAUGACAUUGCUUGGAACAAAAUAGAGAAGGAAAUGAGAGAGGGAGAUUACACUCUCUGAUCCUAUUGUACAUCUGGGGCACAGGCUUUGGCAAGGCUGACAUCUGUUUGAAACUGAGUCAUUUGAAAAUCUACUGGGGGAAGUUUCUUGGGGUGGCCCGCUGAGAUUACCCUGCGAACACCUGAAGAUAGUUGAGGCUUCCUGCCCAAACUAAGCUGGCUGAGGCAAUGGUUGGGCCAAUGCAAUGCCUUCGUAUUCUACUAUAGAGCAGGCUUUGCAAGCUGAAUGAUCAUAUUCACCUUAUCUCCUGCUUGUUGGCUGGUCUGGGUCUACUCAAGGCAGCUCCUUGAAUAUAUGCGCAGAGCAGGGCUCUCACAGAGAAGUGAAGAAAGAAAGGCACUUGGAUGGAUACUGAGAUUGAAAGUCCCUCACUUUUUUACGGCAACAAACAAUCUGCUGGAGGAACUCAUCGGGUCGAGCAGCAUCUGUGGGGGAUCUUGACAGACGCUGCUCGAACCGCUGAGUUCCUCCAGCAGACUGUCUGUUGCUUCAGAUUCAAGCAGCUGCAGUCUCUUGUGUCUCCAUUAUUUCAGGACUGUUUGUAAAGGGAGAGACUUCAUUUUUAAAUGGAGUCUCCUGAGGUGGCUCGGAACAGCAGCUGAGUGUAAUAUCAGGCAGUGACAGCAUCUUGGUAGAGGUUACAGCUAUGUGUGUUUGCAGAAGAUUAUGGAAAAAUUGGUGCACUGAAUACUUGUAGACCCAAGUAUUUCAGUAGCAGCUGUGCAGUGUUUGCAAGUCCUCGGGAAGGGAUUUGAAUCACACUGUGACAAACCCAGAGGUAAAAAAAUAAUAGGGAAGAAACUGCAGUAGAUGCUGAAGAUAUGCAGGAGGCCUGUCAGCAUCCGGUAAGGGGGAUAGUCUGAUCAUCUCAAAAUUAUACCAUCAGUCUGUGGGCUGGAACGGAGUCAGCAGUAUAACUCGGUUCUGUCACUUCUCGUGACCCAAGGUUGAUUAGCAGAGUCAAAUUAGUACUUGUGGCUUAAAGGGCUGUGAGGGACCAUGACCAUCGCUGAGUGGUUGAAACCUGAGGCACCUCGGGAACUGCGUCUGUGCCGAACACUGAAGGCCUUAGAACUUCAAUAUCAUUAGUCAUAUUUCAGGGAGAUUUCAGUAGGAGAAGCAUUUGACUUGAAUGUUGAUCUUGUGGGAAUGAUAUUUUCCUUAUUUGGGUUCUGCGGAGUACUCUUGGAGUCUUCGGGCUGAACACAUGGAAAAUACCUACGGUGCAGGACGCCACCGAGCCUGGAAGGAUGACAAUUCCAGUGGUGGUUUGGCUUGUGAAAGGCCAUGGGCAAUGGGAAGAGGAAGGGAGUCGAGGACUUCCACAAAUUUGAUGUCUUGAGGCAGCAGAGGAAGUUUUGAUCUCUACAUUCGUUACUCCCAACAGGACUCAAUCUCAUUACAAUAACCUAUGUGUAUGUGUGUGUUGGGGGGGAAGGGGGAGGAGAGGGCGGGCACAUUACAAAUACAGAAAAAGCAAAGGGGCCGUAAUUAAAUCUGAAGCCCAUAAUGAAUGACUUUCUCAUUGUCCUGUUAGAAGGACGCUAUAUCAAGGAGCACUGCAAAGCAACAGGAUGAAUGAAUCAAAAGCAUUAUUGAGAUCUGCAACAUUGUCUCACAGGGACCUUGAUAAGGAGUUGUAAAUCUGUAAAAUUAACUAUUCUGUGUUUUUUUUAAAGAAAAUAUGAGAAGCAUUGUUUAAAGAAAAGUCAGGUCUUUUCCUAUUCAAAAUUGUAUGUGUUAGUAUUUAUUAAACAAAUUGAUAUUUUA